CUGCUUAGAUGGUUCGAUUACGUGCCACUUGGUGAUGUCAUUCCUGGGACUCGCUUUAUAUGUUGCAAAGUUUCUCUGACAAAGGUGUUUCCAAAACCGUUACGGUCGUUCAGGCCGGAAGACCUUGCUUCUGCGGUCGCCGAGAAAGGCUACCAAUUGGGUCUAGUGAUAGAUCUCACUUACACCGAUCGUUAUUAUUCGGGAAAGGAGUUUACAGAUAGAUCAAUUGAAUAUGUGAAGAUAUUCAUCCCCCAUUACAAAUAUUUUCGUCAAUUUUGUGAUGUGGUUGAAGACUUCCAUCGACGUGCUCCCCAAAACGCGUUAAUAGCGGUGCAUUGUACGCAUGGUAUCAAUCGGACAGGAUAUUUUGUAUGUCGCUAUCUGGUUGAGCAACUGAGAUGGACUGCCAGUCAGGCGAUUGAAGGUAUGUAUUUUCCUUUCUUGUAUCAGACUGCAGGGCACAUGAGCUUGGGAUUUUUUAACGAAGAGUUUCCUAAAGGUGACCAUGAAUCUGGGCAGUUGUCGUCGAACAACCAGGUUAAUUUUCAUUCUGUUCAAGUGUCGAACCGAGACAUAUCGAAAGUCAGUUUUCCCAGUCACAGUUAG